GGUCAGGCUGGAUGCGGAAACACAGCCGAAUGUAAACAGUAUCACAGCAUGAGUUUAGCAUGCUAAUUUUAUAUUUUGCACUCAGUGUGUUCCGUUUAAUCCCCUGCGGAGCAUCACAGAAAGAUGAGGUCAUUUGUGGUCCUGCAUCUGCAUGGUUUGAAUCAGUGGACAUGUCAGUGAACAUUGCCAAACGAGGAUUCCACAGAGAGCUCUUGUAUGAAGUUCAGCAUGAUCCUACGCCUCAUGUUAUAAAGGCUCUAGUGAUUCAGAGAUUGCCCAGCGGAGUUUACAUGGAUCAGUAUCAGCUUGCAUCUUUGAGGGAGGACACUGGAUUACAGGUACUUCUGGAUUCAGCUGUUAGUCUUGAAGACCCAGCCUAUAUGUCCUCUGGUUUCUCUGCACUGGUCUAUCUCAGCCCAGCAGAUGGACUUCCUGGGCUUCUACAGGCAGCUGUUCCUGUCCAUGGCCGGUACCACAGGCCGUCCAGUUCAGGUGGAUGGGAACGAGUGUACAUCGAGGGGCCAAGGCUGCUGCUUCGUCCUGAAAGCUGUGAAACGCUACCAUCCGGUCUACCUCACAGAGUGGUUGAGGCCCCCUGCACAGUCCAGAACCAGAGUGUGUGCUCAUGGUUGGAGAUCCAAGGACUGCAGGUACCUGACUCAGUGACUCUGGAGCUUCCAGUGGGGGAUUUCUCUCUGACUGGCCCGGUGUGUGCGGGAACAAUACUGGCAACCCUGCUGUGUUUCGCUCUUCUCUUCAGAACGAUCUGGAAGCAUGGCAUCUUUUGAAAUUCUGAGAAGCAAGAAAGAGGCAGGAAAAUAUUCUGAGUGCAGGAAUUCCAACGAACAGCUGAGAACCUGUGGAGAAUAGAGGUUCUGAAGGACUCCUGUUAAUUUAGACAUAGUCCAUUUGCUAAGACAGUGUUUGGUGUCUGAAGGUUCUUUAAUUUUGCACUGAGCUACAGGGCUAAUGUAGCCAAUUAGUAAUAGAAGUGUAUUUGUCUGCUUACUUCUGUUAUAUUUGCCUCAUAGCCCAAACACACUGUCAUUUGCAAAAGUUUGGGCACCCCUGGUCAAGUGAUGUUUUGUUGACGUUCUAAGUGAAUAUAAGUGAACGUCCUCUACAGAGAACACAGUUCUGCACAUUUUUAGGCACAAUUACUGUUUAUUUGAAUUUAACAUAAAAAGCCACAACAUUAAAAUUAUGGUACAUUUUAGAUGUGUUUUAUUUUGUCUAAUAUGUUAAACUAUUUAAAUAAAUAGAAAUUGUGCACAAAAAUGUGGAGAAAAAUGCCAUGUUUAAGUGUGUUCUCUGUAGAUGACGCGUUAAUAUAUUUUCACUUAGAAAAUCAACAAAACAUGGAAUUUGCCUGAGAUUGUUCAGAUGUUUGCAUACGACUGUAUCCUAAUGUUGUGUAUAUUAGAGCUAAAGGUGUGCAAGUUGUACCGUUUUUUUUUUUUUAAUAAUAUUACAAAUUUGUCAGCUGCUGUUUACACUGUCAACAUUCCAUGAUGAACAGAAGAAUAAAGAAUAAAAAUGGUCUAAAA